ACACCGGGGUGUGGCUUCUACUACACACCGCUACACAGAAACCCCACUUCCUCCUGGACGAGUCCGACUUUGGCGUUGCAGCGUGUGCGCGCACCAUGUCUGCCGCCGAAUGGAUGAGGAAAUGUCAGGCUGAAUGGAGUCUACAGGGUGCAGUGAUGCCCGACAGCCUGGACUGGGAAUCCGUCUAUGAAUCAAAGCCGUUCGGAAGAAACUUACUGAGGAACCCAGCGCCUUACGGCCUAAGUAAGGACGUCCCUCCACCUGAACCUGAGCUGCCUGAAGCCCCACCACAUGGACCUCCGCGUUUCCAGCCUGACGGUGACUUCACCGGCUGGACUACAAGCACAGAAGUACUCCCAUUUGACACUAGUAGCGUCCCAACAGGUGCUGUGGUCUGUCAUGUACCUCAGUACAGCUGGUUUUCCAUGGAGCAAGUUGUGGACCUGAAGGCUGAGGGAUUAUGGGACAAGCUACUGGAUGAAUUUCAGCCUGCAAUAGUGAUCCAGGACUGGUAUGAGGAGACUCAGAUGCAUGAGUCUAUCUACCAGCUGGACGUGAAGCUACUGGGUGCAGACAAAAGCACAGUGAUCUCAGAACACACUGUCAACCCCACGGAGGACCUGGGUGCAUAUUCCCACACCUGGAAGGAGGUGGCACAUGUGUUCUCUGGCUAUGGGCCUGGGGUGAGAUAUGUCCAAUUCCUGCACCGACUGAAGAACAAAUUCCUAGUGAUGUUUUUCCCCACUCUGUUCACCAACAGUUCUGUUAUUGUCAACCCAGUUAAGACCAGCUCCUAGGCUCAAUCCCACUGACAACCUGAUAUGGAAACAUGAUUGCUACCACAAUUCAAUCAGUCUGAUGACAGGUUUACAUGCAUAUGUGGUUCCAUAAUAAAGCAGUCAUUUGAUUCUUCAUGAAA